AUGUCGACCUUGCUUACGCUUUUAUUUCAGUGGUGUUCUUUGCUUUCUCUAAUCUCCUCAACCAUUAAUGUGUCUGCAAAAAUACAUGGAAUGCCAAGGCUCGGCAUGUUCGGAGGAAAAUACCUACAAGAACGUGGAAAAGAAGCACAAACACUAGCAAAAAAAGCCAAAGACUCGAAAGAGUUUAGAACCUUUUUCUAUACCCAAACACUUGAUCACUUCAAUUAUAGGCCUCAAAGCUAUACCACUUUCAAACAAAAAUAUGUGAUAAAUUCCAAACACUGGGGUGGCGCAAAGAAAAACGCGCCAAUCUUCGUUUAUCUUGGUGAGGAGUCGCCAUUGGAAGAAGUACCUGAUUCUGGGUUUCUACACGAUAAUGCCCAUCGUUUUAAAGCUCUCUUAAUCUAUAUAGAGCAUCGGUUUUAUGGAAAAUCAGUUCCAUUAAGAUCAUUUGAAAAAGCCAUGAAGAAUGUUACUCUUCGCGGUUAUUUCAAUUCAGCACAAGCAUUAGCAGAUUAUGCAGAGAUAAUCUUGUACGUCAAGGAGAAAUUUCAUACACACUACUCUCCUGUUAUUGUCUUUGGAGGAUCCUAUGGAGGAAUGCUUGCAACAUGGUUUCGGCUACACUAUCCCCACAUCGCUCUCGGAGCUCUAGCCUCAUCUGCCCCUAUCCUUUACUUCGAUGACAUCAUUCCACAAAACAUGUAUCAUUCCAUUGUCACAAAGGAUUUCAGGGAAGCCAGUGAGAGUUGCUAUCAGACUAUAAAAAAUUUAUGGUCUGAAAUUGACAAAGUUGCUUCUCAAUCAAAUGGUGUUUUAAUUCUUAGCCAGAAAUUCAAAACUUGCAAGCCAUUAAACGGUUCGCGUCUCCUGAAGGACUACUUAGAAGGCCAUUAUAUGAAUGCAGCUCAAUAUAAUGGUCCACCAACAUAUCCGGUAACUAAGAUCUGUCAAGCCAUUGAUGGAGCACCUAAAGGAACCGAUAUCCUUGGCCGAAUAUUUGCUGGGUUGGUUGCCUAUAAAGGGAAAAAUUCAUGCUAUGAUAUGACGCCAACGCCUAGUCAAACCGAAGUGGGGUAUGAUUGGCAAACAUGCAGUGAGAUGGUGAUGCCCUUUGGUUCGGAUGAUAUGUUCCCAAAUCGUCAAUUCAAUUUAAGUGACUUCACCAAGGAAUGCAUCAACACAUUUGGCGUCCCACCAAGACCUCAUUGGGUCACAACCUAUUAUGGAGGACAUGAUAUAAAAUUGGUUCUCCAAAAGUUUGCUAGCAACAUCAUUUUCUCCAAUGGACUGAGAGAUCCUUAUAGUGGUGCCGGGGUAUUGGAGGACAUAUCUGACACUAUUCUUGCCGUCCAUACUGCUAACGGAUCUCAUUGUUUAGACCUACUAGGAGCAAAUAAAAAAGAUCCAUAUUGGUUGGUCGAGCAACGACAGAGAGAGGCUGAGAUCAUUAAAGGAUGGAUUAAAAAGUACAAUGUUGAUCUUUCAUCCAUGAAGAAAAAAUAA